UUCACAGUUGUCAAAAUUUAUUUAUAUGUACACGUCAGUGUUAUUGUGGGAUUUUUUGUGUAAAUUCUAGAAAAAAUACUAAUAAGUUUAAUAAAUUCAUCUGAUUUAUUGUUAAAUAAACCUUUUUCGACCACGUUAAAGUACUGCAUCUUGUUGAAUUUAAACAUUGUGCAAUAGUUGCAAACGCGGGCAUUAUCUCAGUGUUUUCCGCUUGACCUCAAGUUUUUAGCCCACGCAAUGGAUCCCGAAUACGAGGAACGACAGAACUACUACUCACUUAAUCCUUUUACUUAUGUGCUGCGGUUCCUAGCGCUGUACGGCUGGUACGCCAUCGGCGGCGCGGCGGCGCUGCUGUGCGCUGCCGCCUGGCUGCGGCCGCGCUACCGCCGCUGGCUGGAGGCCAAGGAGGACGCGGAGUACCAUAAGAACCCUGACAAAGCCAUAGCGCGUAUGGAGGCGAUCCAGCGCGCGCGUGAGAAGCAGCAGGAGCUUCUGCUCAGCGCUUCACAGAGGGCGUUAGAACAGCAGAAAGAGCGUGAGGAGCGCAAGAAACAGGAGAAUUUGGAGAGGCUGAAGAAAUACGGAGCCGCUGCUGGGGGUCAGAAGCUCGGCACGCCCGACGACGAUUACUUGCCUCUGAGCGGUGGCGCAUCCACGUCAUCAUACCGCCCGCCCAAGCGCUCGGCGUGCGGCGGCGGCGGCUGCGGGCGGUAGGGCGCCGCCCUAGCCAUGGAGGGGUGUGGAGUGGGGGACGGGUGACAGCACUUUAUGCGCAAAUUGUCGAAUUCUCUAAUUGUCAAGCGGCCGCAAUCUGCCAAUUCGCAAAAUGUCAAGUUUUAAAAAAAACCCUUAACAUUUUAAUGACUAAAGAUGACCCACGCUGAACUGUCCCACCAAACUCAAUGACAGGGGGGCGCUACCAUCGUUCAACUACAUGGUUUCCAACAUGGCAAAAAUCGGAACCAGCGAUCCGGUAUUGACGGUGGCGCCCCGCUGUCAAUGUCAUGGAUAGGACAGUGGGUCUAGACAAAGUGCAAAUUAUAAUCGCAAACCAGUCGCAAAGUGGUCGAAAAGCCCCUUUUUUGUAUGGAGUUUUGACGGAUUCGAUUUUCGAUUCGAUCAAAAAGUGCGUUUUGUCUAGGGGGGCAGUUCGCAUUUGAAAUUUUGCGAAUUUGGCAGAUUUGCGACCGCUUGACAAUUUGAGUAUAAAGGGUGACAGCGUGCAUCAGUGGGAAGGGGGAGGGAUAAAUUGUCAGCAAAUAAACUAUUUUCUUUCUUUCAAAAAAAUGUAUGUUGAAUUAUUAACAGUUAAUACUCUUUAGUAAUAAUAAUAGAAGAGCACAUGAUGCCAUUCUCACUUAAUCAUUCAUCUCUUCUCUCACAGAGGAGUGCUAGUGAGUGUAUAUGAGACAGAAAGAUUUGUCAAAAUUAUAUUGCACAGCAGUUCAGUUAUGUUUAUAUUGGUGUUACUUAAUUAUUUAACUUUAACUAAUGUUCGUUCGAGAUCUGUUUAUGUACUUGACUGACUAAAAAACUAGUCAGCAGAAACUUUUUGUAUAAUAUUACUUAGCAAUGUGACGUGAAAUGUGGGUGUUCAGUAUUGUAAUAAAGCAAUAACACUAUUAAA